AUGGAUAAGGGUUUAUUUGCUGAAACAAGGGAUGACUCAAAAGCAUUACUGAACGUGCACCUCAAUAUGGGAAUUAAUGUCAAACCUUCACUGUCUGCCUGGCCAAGCCGUGUUGUUCCUCAGGGACAGUAUGUGACCCUCACUUGUGACACUCACAGUGAGUUUACCUUAGUCAAGCUGUACAAAGAGCAUGGGGAUCAUAUCCUUCAGGGUUAUAAUAGGUUGUUCCGGAGGAGUCUUCACUUGGGGCCUAUGACCCCAGAAUUUGGAGGAACCUACAGAUGCUAUAGUUAUAAACGUCAAUACCAUAAUGAACUCUCAUCACACAGUGAGCCUCUGAAGAUCAUAAUUUCAGGAGUCUACAGGAAGCCUUUCCUCUUGGCCCUACCAACUCCCCUGGUAAAAUUAGGAGAGAAGCCAACAUUGAAGUGCCACUCAGAGAUUAUAUUUGACACUUUCACUUUGACUUCACAUAGAAUGGGAGUAAUCAAGGACUCUUUCCAGCUCUCUGCAGAAUCUCAUCUUGGGAUGUCCCAUGCCAACUUCCCAAUAGGUCCUGUGACACCUGACCAUGCUGGAAUUUACACAUGCUAUGGUUCUUUCCACCAAACACCAUAUGAGUGGUCUGAAUCCAGUGACCCUGUUGACAUAAAGAUCACAGGUUUAUACAAGAAACCUUCUCUGUCUGCCCUGAAGCGACCUGAGGUGACAUCAGGAGAGAACAUGACCUUGUCCUGCAUUUCUGACCAUCAGUUUGACUUGUUCCAUCUGUCCAGGGAAGGGGUGCCUCAGGGACAUGGGUUGACUGCAGAGCAGAGUCACAAUGGGACAUUCAAGGCCAACUUCCUUCUUGUUCCUCUGAUGCAGGCAGAGACCUAUAGGUGCUAUGGCUCUUUCAGGAACUCUUCCCAUGUGUGGUCAUCCCCAAGUAACCCAUUGUACCUUUCUGUCACAGGAAAUUUCACUUCAUACACCAAACCAGACUCCAAAACUAAUAACCACAGGAUCAUGAAUAUUCUGAUCGGGCUGUCAGUUAUCGUGAUGUCUGUUUUCCUUAUCAUACUCCUUUAUUCUUGUUGAUCGGCGAAAAAGAGUAAGUCUCAGGAAAAAACCAGUGAGUCCACCGUGGACCAAGAGUGUGAAUCUAGAACAACACUGAACAGACAGGACCCUGAAAGACAAGAAGUGCAGGAGGUGGCAUACUUGGAAUUUGAUCAGUUCAUCUUCAGACAAAAAUUACCCACUCCCAUUUCCCAGAUUCCAAAGGAAUUUUCCUCAGAUCCCAGCAUGUACAUGGAA